GUAAUUAUUUAUUUACUCCCAUCUUCUCCACCCUUUUGGUUUUUUUUUUUUUUUUCUAACCUUUGCUGGGUUCGUCCACCUUCACUACUCAAGUUUUUAAGUCCACCUUCACUCCUCCCAUUCAAUUCAGAUCUCACAAUCAAAACAGAUCAGAUUUACCCAACCACCCAAUACACAGAUACCAAUCCAAAAAGAGCAUGUACGGCUGCGACCCCUGGGGCAGCCCCUCGAGAUUAAUGCCGUCGACUCCACCACCGACGACAACCGCAGCUGCAAUCUCCAGGACUUGGAUCGAGCUGCCCUUUCUUCUUCUCGCCCCUUCGGUGAGACCCAGCAGAGCUGGCUACUCGGCCCCGGCGAGCAGAAGAAAACGAAGUAUGUUGAUUUGGGCUACAUCAUUGUCAGUCGCAAGAUCUUCCUCCGGACCGACGAUGCCCUCCUCUUCUCCGCCUUCCUUGCCAGUUUUGUCACCUCAUCGUUAAGACCGUUCCCCGCCACCGCCACGCUCACCCAGGCCUGGGUUCUUCGCGAACCUAGGCCGGACGAACCCAGCAAAGGUUUAAAAAAAAAACGGAGGAGAAGGGGAGCAAAUAAGUAAUUAUAAUAUAACAUUGAAAAUAUU